AUGCCCGCAAUCGACGAGUCGUCGCACGCGCGUCGUCCGCCCAUGGAGCCCACCCCCACAUCCCGCGCGUCCGCCGACGACAGCGCGGCGUUCCAGCACGGCCAAGCGCCCAGCACCGCCGUCCGCGCGUCGUAUCAGGACCCGCAGACGCACCGGACAAAGCGCCACAGCAAACACAACAACAACAGCAGCAAGAAGAAGAGCGACCGCAUGCGCCACUCGCUCAUGCACGUGCAGACGGACGCGCUGGCGGCCAGUCGCGCCAGUGCGCCGCCCACCUCGGGCUACCUCGUCCUGUCGCCCCCGGACCGAUCGAGCACGUACUCGAGUCUGCCCACCACGAGUCGAUUGAGUGCUCAGCAGCCCGAGCACGCCGCUGUCCCGUCGGCAUCGAGCGGUGACGAGAUCCUCAAGGUGGAGAUCCCGAGGUGGAAGUCGAAGCUCACGACGGACAGAGCGGACCGCGUCCAGGUUCCGGCAGGUCCCGACAGUGCGGGGAACUCGCCCUUGGCUACUGGAGCUGUGCGGUCUGCGACGUGGGACGGGAAAGAUGAACGUGGAGGCCGUGGGCUCUCGACUGGAGCCCUGGUCGUGCUGGGACGGGAUCGAGACACUGGCAGUAAAAAGCGCUACACGGUGUUUCAAGUGUACGUGCACUUCCAAUCAGGUGCCGUGCGCAUGUCGGAGAAGCGGUACAGUCACUUUCGGGAACUCCAUAAGACGCUGCGAAGGAAAUACGCGGCCGUGGGGAAGCUCUACUUUCCACCAAAGAAGUUCUUCAUGUCGCUCUCGCUACGUGUGAUUGAACAGCGGCGCGAGGCGAUCGAGACGUAUGUGAAUGCAGUAUUGGCGUUGCGCCCGCGACCAGUUGAAGUCGUGCAGUUCCUGAGCAGUGCAGUAGACGAUGACGAUGAGGAUGGAAAUAGUACCGACGGCCCGACGCGUGGAGUGGAUAUGGUGACAGCACCGAAGCAUUUGCAGUUAACGUCUACUGCACUUGGUACGUCUUCGGGGCUCAGCGGGAGCAACAGCUUUGGUCUGGAGGACGCAGGCGGGCACUUGGUGACCAUGCAAGAUUUCGAGGUCUUAAAAAUGCUUGGCAAAGGAUCGUUUGGAAAAGUCUAUAUGGCUAAGGAGUGUGGAAAAGAGAGCAAGAUUUACGCGAUGAAGGUAUUGCGAAAAUCGGAGCUGAUUAAACGCAACCAGGUGGGACACACGAUGAUGGAGCGCCGCAUCAUGAGCUCGAUUGACCAUCCUUUCAUCGUCGGACUCAAGUAUUCGUUUCAGACCGCGAGUAAACUUGUGAUGAUUUCCGACUAUUGCUGUGGUGGAGAGAUCUUCUUUCAUUUGAAGAAGUUUCGCUCGUUUUCAGAAGCUAUGGUGCGCUUUUAUGCCGCCGAGCUAGUGGCUGCUAUUGGUCACUUACACGAGCGUGACAUCAUCUAUCGGGACCUGAAGCCUGAGAACAUUCUUUUGGACGAAACGGGUCACGUGCGAUUGACCGACUUUGGUCUGUCGAAAACAGAUUGCACGGACUUUACCGGAGCAAGGACAUUUUGCGGUACUCCGGAGUACUUGGCACCAGAGAUGCUCAUCAGCCGCAAGAAGAAGACCGAGUACGGCAAAGCCAUUGACUGGUGGAGUCUUGGCACGCUCAUGUACGAAAUGCUGACAGGCUGGCCGCCGUUUUUCGACCGCAACAUCGAGCAAAUGUGCUCCAAGAUUAUGAAGUCCCCUCUCAAGUUUCCUGCGCAUUUUGGUCUAAGCUCAGAAGUUAAGAGUCUCAUUUCUGCAUUGUUGGAUCGAGACCCGACGUACCGAAUAGGCUCGCGUCCUGGCGCUGGUGUUGAUGAUAUAAAGAAUCACGUAUUCUUCACCAGCAUUGACUGGGCGCUACUAGAGAAACGCGGUAUCAAACCGCCUUUCAAGCCGCGCGUUCGCAGUCCAACUGAUAUUCAAAACUUCGAUCGUGAGUUCACCAAGGAGUUGCCAGACCACGGUUUCUUACAGCAGGACAAGCGCUUGGCCGUGUCGCCCAAGAACGAAUUUCAGGGCUUUUCUUACACUCGGACAGAAGACCCGGCUUCGUGGUCGCGCGACUCAAGCAGCAGACAGGAGAAGCGACGGUCUGGACGUCUGUCGGAGCCACGGAUCAGUGAAGGAAUCGAGCGCGGGUCCGAGUCAACGGUAGACCAGCAGUAUCCAGAAUUCGGCCAUGUUGCUCGCGACAGCACGGAUUUUGACACCGGCUGUAUCUAG